AUGGCUUCCACGGUGGAAUUUCUUGUCGGCCCCUCGGUGCUCCCUGUGUAUGACUACGUCGAUAACCAUGCCAAGACGUACUGGACCUCUUCAAGUAACCAGGUCUAUUGGAAGACAGGAUACGAGCAUCAGAUCCGCGUGGUUGAGCUGGGCAAAUAUACUUUCGCACUCGACUUCGGCCCCAUUUCUUGGCCCAACGGCCUCGAACGCCCCUCUGGCGCUAUCAGUGCUGUGUUGCAAGGGCAUUUCCAACCAGAAGAUAAGGGCUUAGAGAGCGAGCCUUGUACCCAGGACGUGCAAAUUGAGUGCCACGUGGAUACAGGCUUCAAGUGCCAAGGGACUUUCAAAGCCGCGCGACAGAAUCUUCCCUGGGGAUUCAAGGGCAAGAUUCAGUGGUCAUUGAUCCUGAGUGGCUAUGGGGGUCGCAGGCUGCAGCUUGCCGAGACCGAUGUAGAGCUCUACUUCGUUGCUGUCGCUAAGCUGCCAAAAGUCCUCUUCCGAGGCUUGCCUGUCAGCUUCUUCAGACGAUUCUUGCUACCCCUAAGGCUGAUGACCGAGGACCAUGACAUCAAGACCUUCCAAGACGAGAAGCUAGGCCGGAACAUUGGAGAUAAUGAGCAAGGCUGGCUCGAUUACGUUAUUGACAAACUACACUACCAGCCGAGCAUCAAGUAUGACUCCUGGGCUUCCAACAACUCUUACUUCCAAGGAGGUGAGAGCCCGCUUGCUUUCGAUCACUGGGUCAAUGACUGUGAUGAGAAGGCAAAGCACACCCUCAACUGCUACGACUUAGCUGCCUUGGUCUCGGUCAUCGUGCCUCUUGGAAUCACCAACCCCCAACAUUCCUUGCAGAUGAAACACAUGGCACCCUUUGGCUAUAUCUACGAAACGAACUUGAUCGGAUGGGGGCCAUGCAACAGCCCUCUGACAACCCGUGGUUCACAGGUCCUGGGCGCUAAUGAUGAGAAGCGCACCGGCUUCGGGAGCCACAUUUUCAUGACCAUCUCCCGAGAGCCUGUAACCAAGAUCAAUGGACCCUCUGAGAUGGCUUUGGAUGCAACGUGCCGGCCAUUCACCUCUGCCCACUCCGGCCGGGAGACGUUGAGCGAGUAUAUCACCAACUCGAUCGAUGACAAGACCGACUUGUACAAGAGGUUCCCGAAAAGAUGCACCCUCGGCACUUUUGUGCCCGAAAGCAACCCCAGCAACUGGGCGGGCCCAAAGAGGCUCUUCACUCAACCGGAGAUCUUCGCGCCAGACUUCGUCGACCAUGUCCCCACAGAGAGCAAUAUCCUACGCAAUGUGAAGGAGCAGUUCAAAGACUGGACUGCCACAGAACCUAAUAUCGUCGUCCAGUCCACGCAUCUUACGGCGCAGUGGUUCUUCACCUCGGACGACGGGGAAACCAUGUCCCUUAGCAUCUCCCGAUGCGCCACAGUGGGAGGGCGACGGGGCGGUGACAAUCCUGGCUCGCGAGGUAACGCCGUUGACAGCGCACACGAGUUGUACACUGCCGACCUAGAGAAGUAUGCCAUUCACGGCAUCGACACCACGGAUGCGGAUUCUAACACCGAUGAGGAUGUUCUCGCUGUGUGGCAAUCAAAGUCUAGUGGUGCUCUCAAGGUGGACGCAAAGUAUCACUGGUCUGCGCCUUCGGACAACGAGAAGGGUGCCAUGCUUUGGACGCAGGGAGUUUUCUUUGUCAAGCUGACAAAAGAUAAGAAGGCCGACAUUGCGAAGUAUGCCCAGGGGAUCGUGGAUCUCAUCGCGGAUGUGCUGAAGAGUCCUGCACCCGGUGCUCCUAAGCUCCAUGUCGAAGCACCAGACGAGACUACUUUUAAAGUGGGAGAGGUUUUUGAAAUCACAGUCAGCAAGCUGCCGGAGAGAAUGGUCCCGAUUGACGUCGAUAUCUACAACUCAAAAGUACUUUAUCUCUCAUCUUCCAAAUCAGGCGACGAAGUCACUUUCAAGUUCCUUGCUCGUGAGGUGACAGACGACGAGGAGCCCGAGUUGAUUGAGUUCUCUGCAUAUGACGCUUCCAUGGAGAAGAAUAAGGGAGGUGACCACUCUGUUAAGAUAACCAUAGUUGAGUAA